CCGGGGCGGCGGGUGAGGCUGGUGCGGACCCCCCCGCGCCCCCCCCCUCCCCGUCCCCGCGGGCGGAUGGAGCUGAGCUGCGGAGUGGGGGGCACCGCCGCGGCGCCCCCGGGGCCCGGGCCGCCCCCCGCGGCCGCCGCCGCCCCCCCACCGCCUAUGGAAGGCGAGGAGUACGAGAGCCUGCCGAGCGGCGCCUCGCUGGGCACGCAUAUGAUGGCCGGGGCGGUGGCGGGCAUCAUGGAGCACACGGUCAUGUACCCGGUGGACUCGGUCAAGACAAGGAUGCAGAGCUUGCAGCCGGACCCCAAAGCCCAGUACAGGACCGUGUACGAAGCCCUGAAGAAGAUUGUCCUUACAGAGGGUUUCUGGAGGCCUUUACGUGGGAUUAAUGUCACCAUGCUGGGGGCUGGCCCUGCCCAUGCAAUGUACUUUGCCUGCUAUGAAAAAAUGAAAAAGUCUCUAAGUGAUACUAUCCAGCAUGGAGGAAACAGCCACUUGGCCAAUGGUAUAGCUGGGAGCGUGGCCACGCUGCUCCACGACGCAGUGAUGAAUCCCGCUGAAGUGGUGAAGCAGCGGAUGCAGAUGUUCAACUCCCCAUACAAGUCUGUCCUGGCAUGCAUAAGGACAGUGCAGAAGACAGAGGGAUUCGGUGCCUUCUACCGCAGCUACACCACCCAGCUCACCAUGAACGUCCCUUUCCAGGCCAUUCACUUCAUCACCUAUGAAUUCAUGCAGGAGCAGAUCAACCCGCGCCGGGAGUAUAACCCUCGGUCCCACAUCGUCUCCGGUGCCAUCGCGGGGGCUGUGGCUGCCGCCGCCACCACUCCUCUGGACGUCUGUAAGACCCUGCUCAACACCCAAGAGAACAUGGCCUUGAGCUCUGUGAACAUCAGCGGACACCUCUCGGGCAUGGUGAAUGCCUUCAAGACAGUCUAUCGGCUGGGGGGCAUUUCGGGGUAUUUCAGAGGGGUGCAGGCGCGCGUCAUCUACCAGAUGCCUUCAACAGCCAUCUCCUGGUCAGUGUAUGAAUUCUUCAAGUACUUUCUCACAAAGCACAAGCUGGAAAAAAGAACAUCCUUGUGAAGGACUUGGGGAGAAUGAAUGCAAGGCUCCGUGUCCCCUCUGUGUGUGUCUGUGUGUGCCUGCAAGCCAGCCAGCUCUGGGUCUCUGCUAAGGAACGUGCCAGGUUUCUGGUGGAUUCACAGCUGAUGUCCACUUCUCCCUCCCUGGGGAUUAAAGUGGUCCUCAGUCACACGUUCCCCUCCUUGCUUAAUGAAAUAGUUUAUAAAGACUUAUAAUAUAUAUAUUUAACUUUAUUUUGGAGAAGUGAAAUUGCUAACUGAUAUUUUUUCUGGAUAAGUUUGAAGAUGUUUACUCCUCACUAAAGGCUUAGGUUAUACAGCCUAGGCUGGGUUUUUUCUAUAUUGAAGAAGCAAAAUAUCCAGUCGCAGAACUUUUAUAUAAAUAUAAAAUAGAUGGAUAAUGUUUAUCCUUUAUUUUUCUAUGUAGGCAUUUGGGUUGUUUUUAAAUACUAUUACAGCUAGAUGCUGAGCUGUUUAAAAAGGGCUAAAUUCUUCCAUCCUGUGUAAGGAAGACACAAAAGCAUUUAUUUUUAUAGCCAGAUUGGCUUUAAUUGUACAGCAUUUAGCCUCCCAACAGUGGCCUGGAUUCUCGUGUGGGUGUCAAGGUACUUGGUGGCCCCUUGAGACUUGCUGGGAUGGGAAGAGAAGGAAUGGGGACACCACUUUGGGAAACUGUAGGAUGUUGAGGAAGGGCACCCCAAAACAGCUGGUCACUUUGUGGGGGAGAGGGGGAAACCAGCAAUUCCACUUUUUACAAGGAGAAUCUUAAAAUGUAGGUUUUAAAAGGAUAGUAUUUUUCUGCAAACACUUUUUUAAAGGUACAUUUUUUAAUGGUAUGUGAUAGCUGAACAGCCUUCAUCCUCCCUUAAUUUAUUCAUACUCUUUUCACUAAGGCCCUGAUUCCCCCUUACAGGAGCGACCGUGCAUAUCUUGAUAGCUGGUGGGAUCAAAGUGGGGUGCACGGAGCUGCUCUGCUCCCUGGGGGGGGGACGGGAGCUUCUGUUUACAGUUUGGCUACUGAGUCGCAAGGGUCUCAUCCUGGCAGCACCAAACCAGCAGCGGGUGGCGAAUGCCUUGGGAAAGUCUUCCCUGCAGAACCAAAGCCACCUCCCAUCCCAGGUUUGACAAUAAGCUGCUGCUCAUCUCUGUUGGGGAGGGGGGGGAAAAAAAAACCCCCAACCUGGAGGGGUUCCUUCUGCUGUGGGUUUGGUUUUGCUGCUGUGGGAUGCUGAGCUUUGCAGUGGCCAGCAAAGCUGUGCCCGCUUGGGAAGGGCGACAGCCUCGCGGCAUGCCCUGCUCCUCUUGGGAAUGGCUCUUCCAAACCAAAAUGCAUCCUUUCGCCAGUUACUUGGGUGAUCAGUAGUUAAUGAGGGAUUUGGGGGGGCCCUGGAUGUGUAAAUACAAGUUACAGGACACCAACUAGCAAAUCUCCAUGCUCCCGGGAGCUUGCCCUGCCAGCAGCAGCUGAUGUCUCGAGCCGGCACCAUCUCCCUGCCGCUGUGCACAGGGCAGCUUGCGCUCCGCCGUGGAGAUGCGGCUUCAGCUCGCCGCCAGCACUGGGGAGGUCUGUGCCGGGAGCCGCGAUGCGAUGGGCAGCUUUUGGGCUGGCUCGUGUCACUGGGGGCGUCCCGUCAGCCGGACGCAUUGCGUAGGACGACACUAAGUAGAGCAAAUCCUCUUGCUCUGUUAUUUGGAGAAUGUAAAUCAAAGAGCACCUCUGGGUGGUGGUGCAUGUGCCUUGUGUAAGUUAACCUUGUGCCGCUGAUGAUGAUGGUGAAAUGAGCUUCUUGAUGCCUUUUUGUCACUUAAACUGAAUGAAUCACUGUGUCAAAUGCACCCUGUGUCUUAAAGUGUAAAAAUUGUAAGCUCGAGGCCACUGGGCUCGGCGGUGCAGCUGGAGCAAGCCCUCGGCGCUCUUUGCACGUGGAGAUCCUCGAGGCCGGAGGUCUUUGAGCUGUCUAUUAGCCUUGGAUGUCUUUUUCUAUUGACUUUAGAAACUGGAGAGUCACUAACAGGAACCAGAACUGCACAAAAUAUUUCCAUCAGAGAUGGGCGUAAACACUUAGAUGAAAAUUUUGGGUCACUUUAUGCUACAGUUUGCCUCUCUUAAUCUUAAUGUGGAAGGCGACAGCUUUCAGUGAGACUUCAGUAGCUAGGAGUCAUACUCGGCAGGUGGUUCCCAGUGCAUCAUCCUCUUCCUCUGGCUACUUAGCUUUAAUAUUGCUGACUUCACUCCGGCUAUUCUGGGAGAACUUCAUCUCCCGUAUGAAGUAACGUGUAAGUAACUGGGACACCAAGGCUGGACUUGCCCAGGGACAGAGCCUGUGGCUAUGGAGCAAUAUGGGAGGGUGGUUGUGGUUUUGGCCAGCUGGGCCUCCUCCUUGGAGGGGGAGGCAGCAUCCCAUUUCAGUUGCUAGCCAGGGCAUGCCUGGGAACCUCCUGAGUGUUUAGCACAAGUAUCAGCUAGGUUUUCUUGGGCGCUUGCUCUGCCUCAAGCUGAGAGUGGUGAGGAGCACUUGGAUGUUUUAUAGAGCUCUUUGCAGAUUACUCCAGGUAUCUGAUAAAACCAUGCUGCCCAUUCUGCAGCUGGGAAUGUGCCCAGCUGGUCUAAUGAUUGCAGAGGUCUCUUCUAUGUUUUAAAUGUUUCCUGCUGUAUGUAAUGCUGGAUCCCUGGGCAAAAGCCCCUUCACCAAAGCCGUUGCUCCUCAUCUCUUCUAGGUUUGCAUUUGAAAGUUUUGCUGCGAGUCUGAAGUUUUAUUUGAACCUGGUAUGUGAAACAUGUACUGCUGCUUUGUCUGCAACAAACGCACAUAUUAUUUAAGGGGGAGGAUGAGUGACUUUGUCCGCAGUUCUUAAUUUGUACUUUUUUUGCCUGCCUUGGAAUUUAAUGUGUUUCCUUAUGUAUAUUUAACGAUGCAGGAGUUCAUUGGUGAAAUGCUGCUACAGUUGUAUCACUGGAGCUCAAGGAAAUAAAAUAUUUUGAUUUUUGUCCUUUUA